CAACAUUCUCAUAUGUUACAUCCUUUACUUAUUUAACCCAUUGGGUCAACAAAUCGAUGUGGUACUUAAUGCAUCCUCGCCCGUGAGAGUGCGCAGACCUCACGUGAAACGCAAUUAGGCAACACAACGGUCCGACCAUCAUGAUGAAACUUGUACUCGCCUUCGCCUUGAUGGCGAUUGCCCACGCCUGUAUUCGAUCCGAGGAACCAGGCCCGGAAAAACCAAAAUAUGAACCGACAGAUGAGGAAAUCUAUAUGGAGAUCCAGAAGGGAAUGAAAAGACCAAUGGGCUUUGAUGAACGUUCUUGGGGUAUCAUGCAGAAGAAGAUUAGAGCAUGGGAUUACGAUGGAUGGUUGGAAAAAAGUGGAAUGAUGGAGAAAGAUUUCUUCAUGCAAAAAGCCGCGAUACAAGGCGGCAAUUAUCCAACUCAAUUUGCAUUCAUGGACUUUGCAGAUAAUCCGUAUUGGAAAAACUUUUCCUAUGUAAAUCCAAGAACCCAAAUGCUUGAAGGUUUUCUACCAGCUAUUACUCAGAAAGCAUGUGACUUUUGUGGAGCAACAUGUGGCAUGAGGAACAUUGGAAUGAGAUCCGAUCGAUGCUUCGACGAGAUGGAACUCACUGGCUCAGGUUUGGACAACAAAGAAUUUGCAGCCUGUGCAGGAUAUGGGUCCACCCCAAAGCGCGCCAAUGUCUACAAUUUCAGUGCUCCACUUUCAAUGGCACCAAUGAAACAACUUUGGAUCAGGAAAACUACCACGGAUAUCACUUCUGAAGCUGAUGUCAAUGGAAGGAAAAUCGCUAUACCUGCACCAGAAGCACAAUAUGGACAGUAUGACGCAGCUUGUCUACAGCGCGUCUGGCCUGACGUUGUUCCAGGGGAGAUCGUUGAAACAGCUGCUGAUGAUGUGGGACUUAUCACACAGCUUGUGAACAAAGAGGCUGACAUUGCUAUGGGACCCGUUAUUCCAAUGGAUGCAGAUGCUGAAACACAAGAGGCCAUAAAGGAUAUCCAACGAUUUGGAGAACCAUUCCACUGCGUGAAAGAUGGAAUAUACCAGAUGAUGCACCGUAAGGAUGAGGACAUGAGGUUGUUCAGCCUGUGUUACUGGUAUGGAGUUGUCAGGACUGGUGAAUACAAAAGAAUGUGCGAGAUGUACGGAGGCAUGGUGGAAGAAAUGUGUAUUGAUUUCGAAGGUUGGAUGCGUGAAAUGAUGAUGGACCCAAACCCACCUAUGAAGGAUGGCAUGGGUGAUAUGUAAAAGGGAUGCCCAAGCGAAGCACAAUGAUAAAUCAUAUAAUUAGAGCUUAACACAAUGAACAAUAUAUCAAUGCAAAUCCGCUUUUUACGUUCAUUUAUAACACAAUGAACAUUAAUGCAAAUUCAUAAUUAGAACUUCUAUAUUUUGCAUUCCAGAAAGCAUAUGUAAUCAUAUCAGAUAUUUCAAAUUGGUUGAAAUCUUCUAGUAUGAUUGUUCAUAAUAAAGUGGUUGUUUACAAAUGUAAACUGUUGGUCUGUCUGAUUCAUAAGAUACUCAGUGAGAUGUGAUCGAGAUUUUUCGCCUAGCAUUUGUUGCAGGAUAAUUAUAUAUUAUAUGAACAACAAAAAUGGUUCAUGAUAAAGUGAAUGGAAAA